AAUGUCAUUUUCAAUUGUCAAUGUCAACUUAUCAAUUAUCAAAUUCAAAAACAAAAUUUUUCUAGAUUUUCUGUUCUUGAUUAAUGCCAAAUUGUUGAAAAAGUGAUAAAAAUAAAAUUGUUUUAGUGUUUUAUCUUGACCUUAUCAUGCGGAUAACUGCAAUUCUCGCUCGUGUUCCGGCCAUCAAAUUCCGGAAGGGACAAGCGCCGUCUCAUGGGUCUGCAGCCCCCGGAAGCUCCGCGGGUGCUCCUGCCGCGGCAUCUGGGGCCUCAGCAGCACCAGGUCAUGUGCAAGUGCAAUCUGCAGCUGCCAUGAGUAGUGCUCCUAUUUCCGACAUAGAUCUUCCUCCUCGCUACAGAAGACAACCUCUGUCACAGGAAGAGAUUGACCACAUCAAUGGUGGUGGAGUCGUUUAGUGUUUCCAGUUAAUUCUUGUAGAUAUAGAGCCAUUAGUAAAUAUUGUUAUUAUAUAUAGA